UAAUGUCAUUAAUGUAAGACGUAUUCAUUACUGUAAUAAUUCAUGUUACACAGCAUCAUUUGGAACAAAUUCCUGCUUUAAAACGGCCAGAACAUAUAUUCAUAUUUGCUGUUGAACGUCAGCGCAUCAAAUCAGUUUUCAUUGCCAGCCUAUAGUGGAGGUGCAUUAAAAAAGUGGAAUCUUAAAAUAUUAGUGUGUAUACUUAAAAAAAACUUAGCAAUAUUCAUAUUUAUCAAAACUGUCGCUGUUGGUAUGGCCAUGUAUUCUGUCACCCUACUUACGGCAUCCAAUAAUAAACCAGUCUGAUUAUUCUUAGAUUAAAAGGGUAGCAAUUUUCAUUUUGCGUAUGGAAUAUCAAUAGCAAGAGCCAUAUUUAAACUGUGGCACAUGGAAAAAGACUUUAAAUAUACAACAUAAAAAUAAAAGAAAACAAAAGAAAAAACAAAAGAUCAGGCAGGUAUUCAGUCAGUGGUACGUUUUUUGUUUUAAUUUGUGCCACACAUACACUGUAGUAAACCAGAAAAGUCAAGUACAAACUUGGCACCUGUUGUAACUACUAAUUUCAUCUGAAAUAUCCUUUUGCCUUUUUCACUGUUCAGGUCUGUGAAGCAGCGACUGGAACCCUCUGAGUGAAUGGAUGAAUUUUCUGUGACACCUGUACAAGCAGUGUGCUUUGGCAGCAGUCUUGCCAUCUCAUGCCUGUGCUACUAUCUGUUCAGAAAGACCCAAAAGAUAGUAGAUGAUCUUGAUAAUGCUCAACAUUUGACCAUAAAUGGUCAAUUAAAAGACAUUUUAGCCGCUAGUCCAGGAAAGUCUCUGCAAUAUGUUGUCAUUGAAGGUACUGUGCAUCCAGAAGGGAGCCCCCUGAGGAGUUGGUAUCAAAGAGAAACCUUUGGAGUAUUACAGAAAAUUAGAAUGGUGGAAUACAGACAAAUCUGGGAUAGACUGACGCACACUUGGAUAGACCAUACCAAAGUCCUAAGAGAAGAAGUGGACAUGGUGCCUUUCGUCUUAGUUGGAUCAGAUGAAGCCACUGUCAGAGUGAGGAGGCCCCUGGAGGCCUCCGGUGUGCACAUGGCAACUACCUAUGAGAACUUUUACCAGACUGAUUCUGGAAUCUUUGAAUUGUUAGGACAGCACCUGAGAGGGGAUAAGGUUAAAGGACAACUCCAUACUGAAGAGAUCCUCAAGGUGGGUACUCUUCUUCAAGGAGUUGGAAAAUUGGUACUGGAUGGUGAUGGGAGCAUGAGUCUUUGCCCCCCUGAUGGUCCACGGUACUUUUUGAGCAUAGGGGACUUUGACACUUUGCGUGGAGAGCAGGAGAACCAGGCUUAUAUGUGGAAGAUGCUGACCAUUGUGUUUGCUUUGUCGGCGGCCGCGGUAGUUAUCUGGGUUGGUAGCCACUACUACCGCAAAUUGAAGGCACGUUGGAAGGAGAAGCAGUUGAUGAAUGAUUUAACAAGCGUGAACGCCCAAACACCCUGCACUGAAGCAGAAAGCAAUGCUUGUGUGAUCUGUUUAAGUGAGCCACGUGACUGUGUGCUGUUAAACUGCGGACACUUGUGCUGCUGCAUUAGCUGCUUCCAGGCCUUCCCACAACCCAGAUGCCCCAUCUGCAGGCAGACCAUCAGCAGAGCAGUCCCUGUCUUCUACAGCUGAAACUUCGCUUCUGAGACGUCUGUGUGACUGAAGCACAAUGCAAAGCUUCAUGGCUCAGAGAUUUAACUUCUGCACUUACACUUUUAAAAUGUGCUCUGUAGUUACCCAUCUGACCGAGCACCAGCUCACAGAAUGUAAAAGUUUUCUUGGAUCUUUGCAAGGAAACACUCCAAAAAUACAAACUCUUACCAAGUACAUUUGUGUAAGUACAUUUGUGUAAUUUCUCGUCAAAAUGUUGAAUCUACACUUAAUAUAAGGCAGUUAUUUAAGUAAAAUUUCAGUAAGGUAUAAGGACUUGUUUUCAGAUAAUACAUCUUUAAGUUAGAGUGUCUUGGAAACAUCUUGAGUCACAGCUGGGAUUGAACAGGUUUGUUUGACUAGCUGUAAGAUUUUUAAGCUGUCUUGUUUGUAACGCUUUCUAAUAGUAAAAUAAAGCACAAAAUUAGUUUUCUCA